AUGGCACCGUCCGCUGACGAUGUUGAGCGUGUACUCAACGCCGUUGGCGUAGACGUGGAUAAACAACGACUUCAAGUAUUCCUUGCCGCGAUUGAGGGCAAGGAUGUUUCCCUGCUCAUCGAAGAUGGCAGCGCGAAGCUUGCUGUUUUGCCUGCGGACCCAAGCAUGCACCAAACGAGCGUGUUGAAACCCCCUCCUCAGGAUGUCCCCGACAACGGCAACGAAGCGCAGGUGAUAUUCGAAACAGACUGGGAGUACGAGAGCCAAUUCGUUCACAACGGAACAUUCGACUACGACUAG